AUUUAUGCUGACAAAAAGCAUUCAAUGCUUUAAAUUAAAGUGGUUGACCUGUUGUAUCAGUGAAUCAUAUCAUAGCAAAAAUGGUGUUUAUGGAUAUAAACCGAGACAAAAAAGACAUUUCGAAGACGGUUUUAGCAGUUCAUAAUGCACUACGCCGAGUUCCACCAAAUACAGAGCAUGACCUUUGAACUGUGAAUAUUCAGUUUGGCCGUCGACGUGGAAGCAUGACCGGGAAAUGAUUUUCUCCGCUUGGGAUUAUUUGCCAAAACAAUCUCUGGAUGAACGAGUGAAACAGAGCAAUUUUUAUAGACUGGUCACUGCAUAUAGAACUCACGGACAUAAACAAGCCAACUUAAAUCCCAUUUCUACUAACGAGCCACAGUUAUUACCUGAAUUGCAACCAAAAAAUUUUAAACUAAAUUUAUUGGAUAAAGUCCGCUUUCAAGGAAUUUUAUUUACUCAACAAGAUGAAGGAACUAUAGAAGAAGCUAUACGAUUUUUACAUGCUACCUACAGCGAUGCCAUUGGAACUGAAUUUAGUUAUCUCGAGACGGAAGAAGAAAGGGAAUGGUUCGCCGAAGCUGUAGAAACGACUUUAGCAGAAUCAUUAAACAAUGAAACGCGCAAAACGAUAGCCACGGAAAUGCUGAAAAGUCAAGCUUUUGACAACUUUCUGGCCAUAAAAUUUGUCAGUCUAAAGAGAUACGGAGGAGAAGGAGCUGAGAGUAUGAUGGCUUUCUGGCAUGAAAUUUUCAAACUAUGUGCCUACGAUAAUUUGGAACACGUGAUUAUUUGCUCUGCACACCGCGGCCGUCUUAAUCUACUAACGGGACUACUAAACUUUCCACCAGAAAAGUUAUUUAAUAAAUUACGGGGAUUUUCUGAAUUUCCGGAUGCAACCAAAUGUACUGGAGAUGUAAUUAGCCACCUCAUAAGUUCUACUAAUCUUAGUAUAGACGAAAAAAGUCUUCACGUAACCAUGCUUCGAAAUCCAUCGCAUUUGGAAAUAGUAAAUCCCGUGUCAAUGGGAAAAACGCGCGGAAUUAUGCAGGCGAUUAAAGAAGCAGCAUACGGUGAUAAUGAACAUUCGCAAUGGAGCGAUAAAGUAAUAAACAUUCAGAUACACGGAGACGCAGCCUAUCCAGGUCAAGGGGUUAAUCAGGAAUGCUUAGUUUUAAGCAGAACACCGCAUUUUGAAAUUGGUGGUACAAUUCACUUGAUAAUUAAUAAUCAAGUAGGGUUCACAACUCCAUCUUCAAGGAGCAGAUCAUCAAGAUAUUGUACGGAUUUAGCGAAAAUUAUAUCUGCACCCGUAAUUCAUGUAAACGGUGAUAAUCCUGAGAUGGUUGUACAAGCUGCAAGAAUAGCCUUUAAAUAUCAAAGACAGUUCAGAAAGGAUGUAUUUAUUGAUCUAAAUUGUUUCAGAAGAUGGGGUCAUAAUGAACUAGAUGAUCCUACAAUCACAAAUCCCCUCAUGUAUAAAAUUAUACAAAAUCGUGAAUCCAUACCAGAUCGGUACGCAAAGAAACUAAUAGACGCCAAUAUUCUUACUGAAGAAACUGUUAAAAAUAUCGUCGAAAGCCACAUUGCAUGGUUGAAUGAGACUCUAAAAGAAUCUUCGAAUGACAUAUCGAGACAGUCAGAGACUUUUCUUGCUGGAAAAUGGUCGAAAAUAAAACAAGCUGAAGCUAAUAUAACACAAUGGGAUACUGGCGUUGAAUUAGACUUAUUACAAUUUGUGGGAAAAAAAAGUGUUCAAGUGCCACCGAACUUUGAUGUUCAUCCACAAUUAUUAAAAAAUCAUAUUCAAAAUCGUCUAAAAAAGAUUAAGAACAGUAAUACUUUGGAUUGGUCGACUGCUGAAGCAUUAGCAAUUGGUUCUUUAUUAUAUCAAGGAUAUAAUGUAAGAUUAAGUGGACAGGAUGUGGGCCGUGGCACUUUCUCACAGAGGCACGCAAUGCUCGUUGAUCAAUCUACUGGAGGUAUCGUCAUUCCGCUGAAUUCGAUGGUUGAUAAUCAAACUGGCAAAUUAGAGGUAGCUAACAGUAUUUUAUCUGAGGAAGCUGUAUUAGGUUACGAAUACGGUAUAAGUAUAGCAUCACCUUUUACAUUGCCUAUUUGGGAAGCUCAAUUUGGAGACUUCUUCAAUGGAGCACAAAUUAUUAUUGAUACAUAUAUAACAAACGGAGAAGCAAAAUGGAUGCUAAGUAGUGGCUUAACAAUGCUUUUACCACAUGGAUAUGAUGGUGCUGGUCCAGAGCAUAGUUCAUGUAGACUUGAAAGAUUCUUACAAUUAACGGACAGUAGUGAAAACAGUACCGAUGGCGAUGAUGUUAAUAUACAUAUUGCUAAUCCCAGUGAACCAGCGCAAUAUUUCCAUUUAUUAAGAAGACAGAUGAUGAGGGAUUAUCGAAAACCUUUAGUCGUGAUAGCACCUAAAAUUUUAUUACGUCAUCCAGCAGCAGUGUCGUCCUUAUUGGAUUUCGAACCUCGAACGAGCUUCAAAACUGUAAUCGGAGAUGAUAAAGUAAAAAAUUGCAACGUAACUAAAGUCAUUUUAGUUAGUGGAAAACACUAUUAUGCACUUAACAACUAUCGAGAAACUUCUGGAUACAAAAAUGUAGCUAUCAUCAGGCUAGAAAAUUUAUGUCCAUUUCCUGUUUACGAGUUAUUAGAAGAGAUUACAAAAUACAAACAUGCAAAAACUUUUAUUUGGAGCCAAGAAGAACCACGAAACAUGGGCGCAUGGAGUUUUAUUAAACCACGUUUUGAGAAUUUGUGUGGACGGCAGUUGAAAUAUUGUGGUCGAAAAUCGAUGGCAGCACCAGCUGUUGGAGACGGACAAAUGCAUCAACGUGAAGCUAACGAAGUUAUUGUUAAACCAUUUGAAUUCAAUUAAAAAUUAACAAAUAUUAUUUUAAUAAGACUACAUAUACUCCUAAUUAAACAUAUGCUCAAUAAGAGUAGUUGUCUUACAUGUUCUACAUUAAUUUUAUCAAUAAAAGGAAGUAUUAUGGAAGUACAAAAUAUUAUGGACGUUAUCCAUUUUAUUUUAAUUUGGCAAUAAACAUUUCAAAAGAUAGAAUUAAACAGAUAAAGCAUCAGAACUUUCAUUUAUUUAAAAUAUUCAUUUAUUUAAAAUAUUUUCAAAUAUUAGCAACAAAUAUUUAUAACAAAUAUUUAGAUUUUAUUUAAAAAGCAUUUAUACAAUACUUGGAUUUCUUAUAUAAGAAUCAAAUGAUAAAUGGUUAAUCUUAAAAUAGUAUUGUACAUAAAUUUGGCAUACAAGCUCCCAUACUAUAUCACUCACCAAUAUUAUAUCAUUCAGUAUCAAUACCACUUUAGAGUUAUAAUAGAUUAAAUUGACAUCAUACCUAAUUCUGCACAUUAAUGUUCCUUAAAUAGUUAAAGAGAAAUAGGCUCUAUAGAAUUCAAUGUACAGAAGUCAUGGCAAUUAUAAUACUGACACAAGUGUGUAAAAA